AUGGAUGCCUUUAUCGAAUCGUACAACCCAUUUCCAUCAGUAUCAUCAGAAAGUGUUCCAUUAGCUUACUUUUUGACCUCAAAUCGUAGCAAAAGCUCAGUCUUGAAUGCGGCUGCUGAAUCCGAAGUGAUGCUGGCUUCACGAAACCCGAAGAAGAGGGCCGGAAGGAAAAAGUUUAGGGAGACUCGACACCCAGUUUACCGAGGAGUGAGAAUGAGGGAUAACGGGAAGUGGGUUUGUGAGUUAAGAGAGCCCAACAAGAACUUGAGGGUGUGGCUAGGGACUCAUCCUACUGCUAUAAUGGCAGCAAGAGCACAUGAUGUGGCGGCGCUUGCCUUCAGAGGACGACGAGCUUGUUUGAAUUUUGCUGAUUCUGUUUGGCGGCUUCCGAUCCCGAAGUCUAGCAGCAUACAGGAUAUACAAAAGGCCGCUAAAGAAGCUGCGGAGGCUUUUAGAUACACUGAGGAAGAGGUGGAGAUUGUGGAAACGAAGGAGUUGCCGGAAAUUCUGUAUUACGUGGAUGAAGAAGAUAUUUUUGAGAUGCCGGAAUUUUUUGUCAGCAUGGCGGAGGGACUGAUGGUAGCGCCUCCGCAGACAGUGGGAUAUGACAGUUAUGAGGAUAACGUCGAAUUUUUUGUUGACGAGUCUUUAUGGACCUUUUAG